UUGGCACACAAAUCUGUUGCAUCGACAAAGAUGCAACGAAAACCAGGCUUCCCCGUGGCCAAUUGCAGUAUUAAAAUGCCCGAUGGUGCAAUCAUGCCAGAGACUGCACCUUCUGAGGAAGAAUGGGAGCCAGUACAGAGACGGCAACAGUUGAUAAACUUUGGACAUUCCCAGUGGGGCUUCAACAACUGGAGUUGGUCGGUCAGCAAGCAGGAUCUUGAUUUUGUGGAUUUAGUGGGAGGGAAAUACAGCGCAGGUGUAGCGGCCUUCGUUUCAGUGUCUAUCAAGAGCUUUGACAUCCACCGAGAGAAUGUGGGCUACGCCACGGCAUUGGCGCCUCAUAAGGGCUCGGCUAUACAUCGCGCUAGGAAGUGUGCGGUAACAAAUGCAUUGCGGGAAACGCUCCUCAGCUUCGGCGGCAGCGUGGCCACAGAACUAAUGGAGCUGCUGGAGACAAGCAAACCCGAAUCCGUCAAUCCGACACCGGAGCAACAGACGGAGAACAAUCAGAACAUCGCUAAUAAGCAAGAGCCAAAGAACAGCCCGCUGAAUAAGAACAUGAGGAAGGACUCUUCAGAUAGCGGCAGCUCGGCGAACGUUCGCGUGGCGCCGCCCGCGAUUAAGAACGCGGUGAUGACCCCCGCGCCCCCUGUGGCCAAGGCGCACCCGAUGCCGGCCAACCUGCCGCCGGCCGCCAAUCGACUGGCGCGACCCCCCGUACCCCCUGCCGCACCCCCCGCGGCACCCGCCAUUGCCCCCGCCGCGCCGCCGCACCCGCCGAUCCGCCCAAAUUCCAACGAGGGGAGCAAGGCCGACGGCAGCGAAGAGGACGCGCGUGCGGAGAGGAAGCGACGCCAGCGACUCGCGCAAGAAGAAUUCCGGCAGAAGCAACUUCUCAAACAGAAAUCUGGUCUAGAUGAGCGCGCAUCGCUCUCCAAAGACAACAGCAGCCUAGACACGUUGCUGAUGGCAAUACCGACACCGGAUAUAAUUAUUGAGGGAAGUGGUAACACUGAAGAGGCGGGGAAGCGGAAAUCGCCCGCGAGUGAUGGUGGGUCCUCCAAGCGGCGGGGCAGUAUCUCAAACAAACUCGAAAUAGUUUCGGAUUAA